AUGUCGCUGGAAAAGAUUACGACCAUCUCUCCCAUUACGAACAAGCCAGUUCUCACACGCAAUGGCCUCUCAGAUGCAGAUCUCCAAUCUUUACCUGAGACAGCCGUAGCUGCGUUCGAGUCCUAUCGUCGCACAUCCCUCACUGAGAGGCAGGACAUUGUCAAGAAAGCCCUGAAGCUUCUCAAUGACCGCCAGGAUGUGCUGGGAAAGGAAAUUACUGAGCAGAUGGGCCGCCCCAUUGCGUAUACCGCGAAGGAAGUUACGACUGCAGUUAUGCGCGGCGAGUAUCUACUCAAGAUCAGUGAAGAUACGCUCAAAGACACUCCAGGCGAGGCGGAAAAAGGCUUCAAGCGUUACAUCAAGAAAGUUCCGCUUGGGCCGGUACUGAUCUUGUUCCCGUGGAAUUACCCGUAUCUAACCCUCAUCAACUCGCUAGUACCUGCCCUACUUGCCGGUAAUUCGGUCAUCCUGAAGCCUUCCCCACAAACGCCGACCAGUGCCGAGCAGAUCCAGCAGAUCUUCAAAGAAGCCGGUUUACCAGACGGUGUGCUUCAAAUCUUUCACAGCGGAUCCAUUACCCAGAUCGAGGCAAUUGCGCGCUCACCCAAGAUCCAGCUGGUUUGCUUCACCGGUUCAGUAGCCAACGGCCUUGCGGUUCAGCAGGCUGCAAAUGAUCGUGUACCACUUCGAGUAGGUCUUGAACUUGGAGGCAAGGAUCCUGCAUAUGUGCGUUCCGACGUUGAUGUCAAGUGGGCUGCCGAAGAGCUUGUAGACGGCGCUGUCUUUAACUCAGGUCAGAGUUGCUGCAGUGUCGAGAGGGUAUAUGUGGACGAGAAAAUUCAUGACGAAUUUGUAUCAGCACUUCAGGAUGUACUCAGUGGGUACAGACUCGGCGACCCAUUCGACAAGAGCACGCACGUCGGUCCGGUCGUCUCAAAGCGUUCGGCAGAAACCAUUCAGGCGCACAUCAAGGACGCUCUGGAGAAGGGUGCCAAGAACGCUACUCCAGACAAUGCCACAUUCAAGAACCCACCUGCAGAUGGCAACUACGUCGCUCCGACGCUUCUGACGGAUGUCACGCAUGAUAUGACUGUGAUGACAGAGGAGACAUUCGGUCCCGUGAUCCCAGUCAUGAAGGUCAAGGGCGACGCAGAGGCAGUUAAGCUGAUGAACGACAGCCAAUUUGGACUGACAGCCAGCAUCUGGACCAAGGACGUGAACAAAGGUCACGAGCUCGCCGACGACGUCGAGGCUGGUACAGUCUUUGUGAACCGAUGCGACUACCCCGCACCAGAUCUGGCGUGGGUCGGUUGGAAGGACUCUGGAAGAGGCCAAACGUUAAGCAGAUUCGGCUUCGAUCAAUUCGUCAAGCUCAAGAGCUACCACGUCAAGGAUUACCCGAAAUAG